UCUUUGAUGGGGGCAGGACCGUCGUGUUGCAGCGAGAGUGAAGUGGAUUUGCGGUCGUCCUGCCAGAAUAAGUAGGGUGAAGAUGGCUCGGAAGCCGAGGUUGAUCUAACUCUCCUUCCUUCUCCCCCCACCUUGGAUAUGGAGGGGCCUCCGAGCAGUUUGUACGGCUGUUGCCCCUUGGUGGAGGACAGUUUCAGCCGCCUGUCCUCCCAGAGCAACAUCUACGGCCUGAGCGCCUUCCCCAGGCCUGAGGGAGGCUGUGACCUACUGACCGCCACCCUCAAGGGGAAAGUCAUCAACUUCAGGUACCAGACCCCCCGACAGAAAAUCCGGCCAGUGGCCAAGGAGGUACAGUUCACCUACAUCCCAGUGGAUGCAGAAAUCGUCUCUAUUGAUGCUUUCAACAAAUCCGCUCCAAAACGAGGCCUGGUUGUGGGAAUAACUUUUAUCAAGGACUCUGGCGAUAAAGCAAGCCCGUUCCUCAAUAUCUAUUGCGACUAUGAGCCAGGAUCCGAGUACAAUUUGGAUUCCAUUGCCCAAAGCUGCCUUAACCUGGAGCUCCAGUUCACUCCCUUCCAGCUUUGCCAUGUCGAGCCAACUUCACGUCUCUGUUUUCCACAUUCAAGGAUCGAGGAGAGGCAGCAACGUGAGACUGUAUUCCUGCUCAGUGGCCACGACCACCAGAUACACCUGUACAAAGAGAACGAAACGCUGCAUCAGUUUGAAGAAAGGCCAACAGGAUUAAUAUUCCCCGAGUUAACAGGCCUCCCCAGCCAUGUCCUCUGGCUUGAUGUGGUCAAUAUUCCGGAUUCUACCAGACGUUUGACAGCUUUUGGCUGUCAAAAUGGAUUUGUGGGUAUUUCUCACGUGGAUCAGGAAUCUAAAGUUGUUCUGCAGAGUUGGAACGUACAACAGGAUGGGCCGAUUUCCACUGUCCUGCUCUUCAGGCUAUCCACUGAGUUCAGCGAGGCCUAUUCAGCUGGAGACGGAGGAAUGAGGGUCGGUUCUGACACGGCCGAAGGUAGCGACUCUUUGGAGAACUAUAACCUGCUCGUGACCUCCACAAUCGAGCUCUCAGUCGUUUAUAGGGACGUGCUGAGCAACGGCCUCAGUGACCAGGCCAUCCUGCCAGAGAGUGACCAAUAUGACAGCGUCCUGUGCGCAUUGGUAACUGAUGUAGACUUCGAUGGGGUAAAGGAGAUUCUCCUUGGCACCUAUGGGCAGGAGUUACUGUGUUACAAAUCCUGCACCGGGGGGGCCCCCGACCCAGAGGCCGUGGAGUCAGGACUCGCCCCCCGUCUCCAAGGUGAAUUCCGGCUCCUGUGGAGAAGAAGUUUCCAGAGCCCUUUGCUCUCUAUGGCCUAUGUCGACCUAACGUGUGAUGGUCUCCGUGAACUCGCCAUCGAGACCCUGAAGGGGCUGCAUAUUUUGCAGCACAGUCUAACCCAGACAGCCAACCUGGUCUUACAGAGGCUUCGUUCCCGAGCAUCAGCUUUGGGGGAGAACGCAUCUUCGAGGCCGGCGACCGCGGAGCUCGCUGACACCGGGACGGAAACACAGGAGGCAUCCGACAUAGAGGUAAAUGCCAAAUGUGAUUGAGAGGAAACCACCGAGAGGGCACCCAGCUCAGUCACAUACCCCUUCAGAUUUGACUCCCAUUCGACCCCCACUUCUCGCACCCACCCUUUGAAGCGAAAGCAGCAAGUUUUGUUUCUCGUUUUGGCUUGGGGAGCAGUUUUCUCGGUGAGAGAAGCCUUUGGGAUCAGAAGAGCUUAGCAGAAGAGAGGGAAUCAAACUCCAAGCCUUCUGAAGUCUAGAUUCUGUCGCUGACCAUGGUGCCUGGAAUUGUGGAACGGAGUUCUUUGAAGUUGCUCAGUGGGGGAAAAAAAUGGAUUUCAAAUCCUUCCAUCUUGUAUUUCAGCUGCUGGGUUACUUUAGCUGGAAAGCUUGCAGACCAGCUCCUGUGUCCCAGGGGUGCUGAGGGCUGUGUUUCAGUAUUCAAACAUCAUCAUCAUUCCGAAUGACGUGGCUGCCUGGAUGGCUUCCUGGCAGUUUUGGAGUCUGGCAGUGUUGCUUAAUUCAUGGAUGCCAGCAUCUCUCUGGAAACUAGCACGAGUGUCAAAACAAGAGACCUUUCCAGUGUCAUUAGAGACGGAGUGCUGCACAGUCGCAGGAGCUGAUGUUUGGAUGAGAUGUCAAAGCAGUUUGCCCUGUUGUCAGACAUAAUGAUCCAACUUCUCACCCUCCCAAGAGGGGUGUCUUCCCCAAUCAACACCACACCCCCCCCUCCGCCACCCGGUGUCCCAGGCCAAUAUUUCAUCUCUCCAACAGCAUCAGGUGAUCCAUUCAUUAUAUCCCAUUGCUGCUUGUGAGGCCUGCAUUUCCCACAAUUUACGGCCAUGGCCAAAAUGUUUUUAAGGAAUGUCUUUCAUUGGCUGCAAAGCAUUUCAGGAUGCUGCAGAAAUGCGACUCAUUCUUUUGCCUUGUAACAUUUCCGAAGUAAUAUUUGCUUCACUGUAAAUAUUAGUGUGUUUAAUUUAAAUAAAUAGAUUUGUGGCUCUUCUGGGUACAUUGCAAUAAAAUAAAAAUGAUCCACAAAUGUUUGGUUUUUUCGGAGCACGAGGGUUUAAAAUGCUUUAUUCCUGAAGAAGGGUCUACGCCCGAAACAUCAGCUUUUCCUGCUCCUGAGAUGCUGCUGGGCCUGCUGUGUUCAUCCAGCUCUACACCUUGUUAUCUUGGAUUCUCCAGCAUCUGCAGUUCCUACUGUCUCUCUACACCUUGUUAUCUCUUAUUCCUGAGGUCUCUGGUUUGUGUUUGACACUGGGUUCUGGACUGAUAGCCCCUGGGUCUGCAGUCAACAGAAAACUGGGAGCCGCAGGACACAGUAACUUCAAUCGAUCCAGCAGAACAUACUCUGACCUGAGCUGUGCCACCUCUUCCCAGCAGCAGGUGGCGCAGUUAUUUCAUUGUUUCCACAGAACCAGGAGGAGUGCUUUAUGAUUUAAUAAGUGCUUGAUGCAUGGCAUUUAGUCAAUGCAGUGAAAGCCACAAAUUAGGCUAUUCAGCCACUUGAGCCUGCGAUGCCAUUCAUUUAGAUCAUUAACUGGGUUACUUCUUCAGUCUGGUGGUUCAGUGGUUAGCACUGCUGUCUCGUACCAGUCAGGACCUGGGUUCAAUUCCAGCCUCGGGUGACUAUCUGUGUGGAGUUUGCACAUUCUCCCCAUGUCUGAGGGAUAGUAGGAACUGCAGAUGCUGGAGAAUCUGAGAUAAUGUGGUGUGGAACUGGAGGAACGCAGCAGGCCGAGCAGCAUCUGAGGAGCAGGAAAGCUGACGUUUGGGCCUAGACCCUUCUCCCCAUGUCUGCGUGGGUGUGCUCCGGUGUAGUUUAGCGUGGAUUAGCCAUGGGAAAUGCAGGGUUAGGGGGUGGGGUCUGGAUCUGGGUAGGAUGCUAUUUGGAGGGUCAGUGUGGAUUUGGUGGGCUGAGUGGCCACUUCCUCAGUGUAAAUAAAGUUAUAUUAUCACCGCA